GAAGGUAACAGUGUGCAGAAAGAAUCUCCUCAGGGGAAGCAAAGCGACUUAAACCGCCGGAUCCGACACCUGGAGCUUGCCAUGGAAAAUUGCACCCGCUGGCUCCAAAAGAUUGAGGUCUUUGUAAAGGACAGUCUGACAAAAGACACAACACACCUGCAGAAUAUUGCUCUACAUAAUGAAAUGACAACCAUGCUGGAUCUUGGCACCAAGCUACUUUCCCAGUCCACCCAACACAUCAGGAGACUAACAGACACAGAGACACAGGUUUUCAGACAGACUUCUAGACUUGAGAUUCAAUCACUGGAAAACGCUCUGUCCUCCAACAAACUUGAGAACAAACUCCUCUGGCAAACCAGUGAGAUCAACCAACUUUGGGACAAAACAGGUACUCUAGAGCAGCGUAUUCUUAACAUGGAGGCACGUCACCAUGCAGAACUGGGUUGGAUAAAGGGUGAGCAGACAGAGCUUCAGAGACUCCUGGCGUCCCAGAGCUCUUCAAUACAGAGCUUGGAGCUCAAUCUAGAGCAGGUCGUCACAUACAACAGCGCCCUCCACCGAGAGCAACUACAAAUGCAUAGUACCAUCAAUGAUCUGUUGAAACUGUUCUCCAAGAACGAAGUCAGUUCAAAUGCUUUCAAACAAAUGGAUGAUGUGAUAAAGUACAGAGACUGUGCCGAACUCUUCAGGGCUGGAUUUAACAGGAGUGGAAUUUACACCAUCUACAUCGGCAUGCAAGACAUGCAUAAGGUUUAUUGCAACAUGGAUAGUGCUGGUGGGGGCUGGACCAUCAUACAAUCGAGGAAAGAUGGAACGCUGGACUUCCACAGAACCUGGGAAGAAUAUAAGAUGGGCUUUGGGAGUCUGACUGGAGAACAUUGGUUGGGAAAUGAGUUGGUGUACCAGUUGACCAAUCAGAGGCAGUACACUCUUAGACUGGAGUUGACAGACUGGGAUGGGAAACUGGCCUUCUCCCAGUUAUUCCUGAAGAGCUACAGUGGUACAGCUGGCAGGUAUAGCAGUUUGGUGAUAAAUGGGGCAGACUUUAGCACAAAAGACAUGGAUAACGACAACUGCAUCUGCAAGUGUGCACUCAUGCUCACAGGCGGCUGGUGGUUUGAUGCCUGUGGCCCAUCAAACCUCAACGGUGUGUACUACACCUCUGGGCAAAAUUCUGGCAAAGUUGAUGGCAUCAAGUGGCACUACUUUAAAGGCCCCAACUACUCUUUACGUGCCACCACCAUGAUGAUUCGCCCAUUGAAUUUUUGAGAAAUCAAUCCUUUGUUAUCGUUAAAUCUCAGAUUUCUUCACGUAUUUCAGUAGAUGAGCUUAUAUGCUGUGAAACCGGUUAAAUUUUUUAACCACAUCUGUGUGAGAAGUAAAAUGUCAAACUCUUAUUUGUUUAGUGCUUUUCCUCAUUUUUUACAUUGUGUUCUUUAUAUGUCUAUUGCUUACUGGAACUCUCCACAGAUGACUUGACAUACCAGUGUCAUCAACUUUCAGUAAAUGUAUUCAUUGGUUUCUAAAGUACAUUUUGUUGUUUUUGUAUCCACAAUCAGAAAAGAAGCAUAAACUCAAGCAUUAUUUAAAGAAAAACAAUAAAUGGAAAAUGCAUGAUAAAAAUUGUUUAUGCAUGACUAUUUAUAAAUAUGAUAAAUAUUGUUUUUGGAAUCAUUUCUGAGGUUGAAUUGUAUAGCCUUGAUGGGAUUUGUCAUAUAUACAAUUUUGCACAAUCUUUUUACAUGUUUAUAAAAUAAAAUCGUAUAUUUUGUGUAUAUGGAUGCGCAUGUGGGGAAAACAAUUGAUUUAUGAACAGUAAAUGUGUGGCGUUGCUAGAAGCAGAAUAUUACAGGAUGAUCUGUGUACAGUAAAAGUUGCUGCAAACUGUUGCGAAAGAUCUGAUGUAUCAUUUGUAUCUUCUAAUUCCAAACAUUGCAAAUAUUCUUUGAA